ACACGUACGCAUGCGCGUUAUGUGUUUACAACCGCCCACGUGACCUCGUAAUGAUCGCGCUGCGCUGAAGAGCAUAGGAAAUUGUACGCAGUUGUGUGAUCUGUAUGUGGCAUUUGGACGACCCUGUUGACGUUUCAGAGCUUGUGGAAUGACUCAGGUGCGGCGGCCGCGGCCGUCCUGGUAGCUCUGCCACAGUCGCCGUCUGUGACUGGUGACCCUGCAGAGCGCCGGUGCUGGUGCUGAGCUGGUGCCAUCAGAGGUGGGGGCGCUGAGUCGCCGCACACCAAUCGCUAGUCACCAUUGAUCCCACAAGAUCAGCCAUGGCCGACACGCUGGGCGAAAUCCAGAAAAUGGGCUACCUCAAAGUCCGCAGGAAAGAAGAAAAGAAGUUCAAGAAGAGAUGGGCUGUUUUACGCCAGGACACGGCCUCCGUGGAUAUUUAUGAGUCUGACAAGAAAUGGAGAGCCAGAGACAAAUGCAAAAUGACGAUCCCGCUGUCACCGUGCUUCAGCGUCAGCAAGAAGGAGGAGCCCAAGUGCAAGUACGCCAUCGGCCUGAUGGGCACGGUGAGCUACACGCUGGGACUGGACUCGGAUGAGGAGCAGACGGACUGGCUGCUGCGACUGCGCUGGGUGCACCAGGGCGGACGGCACGCCGACGCCGAGCCGCCGCGGCCGCACUACGACUCCAUGUGGGAAGUGACGAUCACCGACCGCGGCCUGGGCAGCACCAAGAAACUCAACGGCCAGUAUUGUGUGGGCCUCACCUGUGACGGCAUUCAGCUCAUCAACAAACGCAACAACAACGAGACCUACGACCUGCCGUUCUCCGUGAUCCGCGGCUGCCGCCACAUGGAGUGUUUCUUCUGGCUGGAGGUGGGCCGCACCUCGUGUUUUGGAGCCGGAGAGAUCUACAUGCAGCUCGCCGAACGCAUCUACGCCCAGAAUAUGCACGAAGUUAUGAAGACUAAGUUCAAUUCUCGGAGCAGCGAGUCGAGCAGCAGCCAGCAGGGCGAGUCACGGCCGCGCGUCGCCUCCACUUCAGAGCCGUCGCGGCCCAUCAACGUGGCCAAAGGUCGCCGCAACACCUACUCAUCCAACAACAGUUCCCACACGUCUGUGAACACGAUUCCUGCGGCGACCACGCCGGGUCGCGACCGGUCCGGGUCGGUGCCCAGUCGGCCGCGCACGACCAGCGAGGGAACGGGCGACCGACACCACGCCACGCUGCACGGGCACCACACCCGCUCUCGGGUCGGCACGGACAGCCACAGCCGUAUCUCUCUGGUGGCUCACUCGCGCAGCUCCAGCAUGACGGCCGGAUCGCCGCCAGUGCCCAGCAGCUCCUUCAGCCCGGCGUCCGUGGAUAGCAGCUCCUCGUACAGUAUCGACGAGCACGGCAGCGUCUGCCACCCGAUUACUUCCGAGAACACCAUUGUCGAGGAGGCCGCCGGCGACUACCUGAUGGUGGACCGCGGCCGCGCCAGCGCCGAGCCGCAGGACGCCGCCGGCGGCCGCAAGCGCUCGCUGCCGCCGCUGUCGCUGCCGCUGGCGCCGGCCGGCUCGGCGUCGGCCGGACCGCCGUCGGCCGACUCGCCCUAUCUGCCGAUGGUGAUCUCGCCGGGCCGGCAGCCGGCGCCGGCCGGGGCCGAGGAGGCGCCCGCCUACCUGCCGAUGGUGAUGGCGCCCGGCGGCGGCGGCGACACGCCCGACGGAUACAUCACCAGCCCCACGCCGAGCCAGGGCCACCGCGGCCACCACAGCCGCGACUCGAGUAUCACCGAGGACAGCUACGUGCCCAUGUUCCCUCAGUCGGAGCACGGCGACUACCUGGACAUGCGCGUGGGCGGCGGCAGCGCGUCGCACCUCUCCGAUGCGGAACUGAGCUACAGCGGGGCCGACCCGGAGGGUUACGUGCCGUUCGCACCGGGACACCCCCACUUUGCGGGCGAGGCCGUCAGCCCCAGUAUGGACGUGCACCCGGCUGGCAAACGAGCCAGCAAGAUAUCGGACGCCGACUCGUACGUCGAGGUGUCGCCGGGCUCCAGCUGCAGUCUGCUCUCGGGCACUCCGCAGUCGGAGUCGGCACACCUGGACCGCGCCGCGCCGCUCACCGUGCUCACGCCGCCCUCCGAGGACGCGCAGCCGACCGGCCGACACGCCGCCGCCAGCGCGGCCGACCGGCAGCACGCCAGGUGA